CUAUUCUGAUUGCUCUGCAGGACUGUUCAGAUGAAUACAGUCGCAAUCGCUGACAACCGCAACCGCCACCUGUUUCAACCGCUGACAAUCUCAACCGCUACCUGUUUCAACCGCUGACAACCUCAACCUCAACCGCUACCUGUUUCAACCGCUGACAACCUCAACCGCCACCUGUUUCAACCGCUGACAACCUCAACCGCUACCUGUUUGCCCUGUUCUGCCCUCGAAAGACUUGGGAAUGGGUCAUAACGGCAUGAAAAAAAUAUAUUUGUAGAGGAGUCUUCUCAUGGGAAUGAUUUACAGAGUGCGUUACUGGUCAAAAUGUAGUGGUAUUAUACACGAACGUCUGAAAAAGUCAUCGUUCUAAUCACAAAAUAAUGUAGAAGCCUAAAGCGAGAUCAGAACGCGUUUUCCUACACGUGCUUAUGUGUGUGUGUGUAUGUGGACUGAGUGGUGAUGAGUGUGUGACACCUGAUAUGUACUGGAAUCUUUGACUAAAUGUUUCUCUCAAAUUCCCUCUCUCUCUCACACACACACACACACAACCGACGACACGUAAAGCCAAAGUAAGAAAUGUUAGGCGAUGUUCCGGCUCCCCAUCAACUGCGACUUCACGUGCAGCGCCAAGGAGAUCUUCAUUAACGUCGUCAGAAUCCAAACACGCACGCACGCACGCACUCACUCAAACACUCACUCACACACACACACACACACACUCCCAGACUGUGACAGCGCGGCGCAUUUCCCUGUCAGCGCGCAACACUACGGCCUACUCACGCACUGAGCUCUAAUCCGCUUCUCAAACACCGGGAACCGGCAGCGAUAACCUUCCUUCUCGCGCUCUCUGUACACACCCAGCUACGUGCGACACGCGACGCGCCGGUGGGGAUGCUGAAAAGCGCGUGAGAUCUUUGUCAGUGGCGUAAGGACCGUCAAACUGCACAACAUGAGCACGAGCGGUGAGUUAGCCCAACAUGAGCACGAGCGUGUCAGCCAAUGAGCAUUCUUCCUGCGGUGACAGGCAUGGCUCUGCUCCAAUCAGAUGUGAGCGCUGUGGAGAAGUGUGCAGGGGGGAGGUGGUGCGCGUCCAGAGCUCUCACUUUCACCUCAGCUGCUUCACCUGUUACGUCUGCUCGUGUGAUCUGUCUGGCAGUGGAUUCUUCCGGAAGCGGGGGGCGUACCUCUGUGCCGCCGACUACCAGCGUCUCCAUGGCACCCGCUGCGGGCGCUGUGGGCAUUACAUCCUGGGUGACGUGGUGUCAGCGAUCGGACGAUCCUACCACCCUACCUGCUUCAGCUGCACCCGCUGCAGUAAGCCUUUCCCUGUAGGUGGGUGUGUGACAUUCGUAGGACAGGAGAGUGUGUGUCAGGACUGCAUCUGUAGCCACUGCCACAGCAUCUGUGCAGGCUGUGGAGAGCAGAUUGGGGCGGGGCAAUCUCAGCUGGCUCUGGAGCACCAAUGGCACGUCCGUUGCUUCUGCUGUCAGAUCUGCAGACAGCCAAUCACACACGAGUACUUCAGCAGGGAUGGCUUGCCGUACUGCGAGGUGGACUACCACACUCAGUUUGGUAUCCGCUGUGACAUCUGCACCAGGUUCAUCACAGGCACAGUACUUGAGGUGGAGGGGAGACAGUUCCACCCUUCCUGUGCUCGAUGUGCUCACUGCCACCACAUGUUCUUAGAGGGGGAGGAGCUCUAUCUGACAGGACCAGAGCUGUGGCAUCCAGCAUGUAAGAAGGCAGAAAGACAGCUGAGGCGCAGGCGUGCAUCUGAGACCUCUGCUUCCUCCAGUAUCGGUUCUCCUGGUCAUGUGAUCAGUGUCAGAUUAGGAAAUGAGUGUCUGGAUUAUAAAACAGUGGCUGCUCUGCCAGAGGCUAAAGCCAUUCAUGAGAUCGAGGGUCCGCUUCAACACCACCAGGGUAUAUGUUUCAGUCAUCGUCAGCGUUCUUCCAGCGUAGACUCCUACAUCCAGCCUACAUCCCCUCCUCUCAAUUACUACUGUACAGGCUCAGAGAGUGGCAGGACCUCACCCUAUCACAACCAGCCACGGCCAUACUUCACCCCGCCCACCAGAAACAAGAUGCCAAAACACUUCCAUCUGCCAGCCACAGGAGAGACUAACAUCUAUGGGAAGCCUCCAAUCUAUAAACAAGCAGCCUUUAAGAGCCACACCAGUGCUGACGUCCCAAUGAUGCCAACAUCACCAGGGCGCCAUGCUUACACUCCGCGGUCGCCAAGGAGACGCACCCCAUCUGGAAGACCAGAGGAUGGGCAGCGUCAGCCCAGAGCACAGGAGGAUAUGACACAGCAAAUAGGUUCCUAUGGAAACGACCCUGGGGUCAUCUCUCAGAUCCCAGAUGACAUUAAACACACCCACGCCAGCAAAUAUAAGAACUAUCCAUAUGAAGCCCUCACAGUGACUCCCACUAAAGGAGCCAACCAGCUGCCCAAGGAUGUGGACCGCACUCGCCUGGAGAAGCAUCUCUCUCGUGAGGAGUUUGAGUGUGUGUUUGGGAUGAGUGUGUGCGAGUUUGAGCAUCUAGCCCUGUGGAAGAGAAACGAGUUGAAGAAGCAGACCAGACUCUUCUAACGGAUGUCCCCAAAGACAGAACUCGACCCAACCCGACCUGAUCAGCAACGUACCAAACCCAGCUACCACACACACACACACACACACACACACACCCACACACACACACACACACACACACACACACCUGAUCAGUACUUUACCAAACCCCCUACCACACACCUGAUCAGUACUUUACCAAACCCACCUACCACACACCUGACACCUGAUCAAUACUAUACCAAACCCCCCCACCACACACCACACACCUGAUCAGUACUAUACCAAAC